GCAAACACAGAUUUUGCUUUCACUGGGGGACCUUUCGAGCCAAAUUUGUGAAACGCAAAAGAUGUUGAUAAAGAUGGCCCAUGAUAACACUGAAUUUCAGGAAAAUAUGAAUGAUAGAAUGACAAACGUUGAACACAUUCAACAGCUACAAUUACAGCAAGUCACGGAUAUAACGCAUGGAGAACAACAUUUUCCAAGGAAAAGAUACAUCGAGGUCGAGUAUCCUAGCACUAUAGGAAAGAGGGUUCGAGGAGUCAAUGGUAGGGCCGUUGUAAGUAACAAGAAAUUUGAUUGUUACAAAAGAUGCUUGGUAGACGGUAAUGAUGACUUCGAUUUUGUUUGCACUACGGACGAAACACGCAUUGCGUUGCGUAUAUUGUGUGCAAAGCCUACUGAGACGAUAAUCCAUAUUGAUGACGUCGUUUUGACGAAGGCCGAUUUGGUAUGUCUUGUACAGACUUAUCCGUAUGACAAUUAUGAAAAAAACAUUAGCACAAAGAUCAUUAAGGCGUUUGUCAAGCAUUUUGGACAAAGUAGAUCAAUUAAACGACAUAAACAUAUGUACCAUGCCUACUUAGAGACCCCGUCAGUUGUGUCAAUGCUUAUCAAGUAUGGCUAUUAUGAUGGUGUUGAGCUAGGAAACACUGAUGAAAAUAUGUACAAAUCCGCUGGAGUCAGCUAUGUGAAUAAUGAUAUGAUUUUUCUACCAAUAAGAACUUCAAUAGACCAUUGGUACGUAGCGGUUCUGGACUGUACCAGAAAGGAGGUGUGUGUCCUUGACUCAAUGGACACGACUGAAGAUGACUUGAAAGAACUUAAGUUUCUGAUGAAAGGCAUCCGCAAAUGUGUCCGACUUGUCCUCGAUGAUAAAAUAGUAGAGAACCCUCUGUGGGACGAUUACAAUGUUCAAGCUUGGAAAAUCAGGAUUAGAUAUAACUUGCCUAACAAAAAAGACAGGACAUCCAGUGGGCUUUACUCAAUCAAGUUCAUGGAGUUAUGGACAGGAGAUUCACUAAGCAAACAAUUUUAUCAGGAAGACAUAGACAGCUACAGGAGAAAACUUGCAGCAAUCUUGUACAUGUCUCCGUCAAACAAGCUUCGAAACAAUAUCUGUUCUACCUCAAACGGAAAUGGUACUGAUGGAGGAACUAGGGCGGCAGACGUAUGA